CGACUCUCGUUSAAGUGGGUUGCUCGUCGACGACCACUGUACCGACGACCCUCAUCGCAUUUCGAGUGUCCGACUCGAAGACCGCGUCUUUCUCCGAUUCUCGACAGCUCUCGUCGUGUACGAUUAUUACAACUAUUAUUAUUAUUAUUAUUAUUAUUGCUAUAUUAUAUAGCAUACGUAUAACCACCGCAAACGUGAUAUAUUCAUGUACGUGAGUGCGUAAAUAUUGUCUUAAUAUCGAUUUCGUGUACUUGACAAACAUCGGCCGCGGUGUACACGGAUAAGAUUUUUUUUUCUAAUAAUACGAUUUUUAUUUUAAUAUAAACCACGAGAUCGUCUUCUUCGCCCGCGGAUCGCCGGGCACGUGCGACGCGGCGCCCGUCUUUCGAUCACAACGGUUUAUACGUCGUAUAAUAUUAUUACCGAUUUUUUGUCAUUCGUAUAUUCUAGGUGAUAUACGCCUAUAUAUAAUAUAUACAUAGCAAGUGCGACUCGGGCAUAGAAUAUUUUGCACGUGACCGCGUUCGCAAUCAUGUCGGACAGCGAAAGCCCGAAACCCGCGGAUGAGGUGCUCUUGCACCAUCACCACCACCACCAUCCGAGGAUACCGCCGUCGCUGCUCGCGUGGUGUCCGGCCAUCAUGCCGCCCUGGUGCUCGCUGCUUCCGGCCGCCUGGUGCAAUCCGGCCGCCCUCAGGUCCGCUUUUCCGGGACUUUUGGACAGUAUAAAAAUGCCGAGCAGUCAAACGCGACCUUCUGGUUUCCAUAUAUGUGACAUAUUGGACUUAAACGACGGCAAAGUGAACUCCACCGACAACACGAACACGACACUGAGUUCGCAUAUCAACGCUCCCGACGUGCACAACGUGAGCACGGGCUUCCAGUUCCCUAGCGUUCUGCAAUCUUCCACCGACCUGUUACACCACUGGCCAACGUCGCUCACCGAACUUCGAGGUUUCGGAAUGAGCCAUCACGGAGCCCAGCAAGCCAGCCCGGACAGCACUUCUCCCGGAGUGACGGACCUGACGGACACGUCGAGCACGCCCAGCGCACUGGCGGCAGACACAUCGAACGCGAACGCAAACGUUGGCGCAGUCGGCGGACCCGGUUCCGGGGCUGGCGCCAAGGACGAACCGUCCGAGGUGGACGGCGAYGAGAUGAUGGACGAUGAGUUCGACGACGAGUCGGGCACCGCGGGCGUCGAACACGACAGGUCCGGUUCGUCCGGCGCCGGCGGUCACCCAUCCGACGUCAAUGGCGGCGGCGGUGGAUCCGGGGCUGUACACAAGAAACGCAAGCGCCGCGUGUUGUUCAGCAAAGCCCAGACGUACGAGUUGGAGCGCAGGUUCCGGCAACAGCGGUACUUGUCGGCUCCUGAACGCGAACACUUGGCCUCAAUCAUCCGGCUGACUCCCACGCAGGUGAAAAUCUGGUUCCAGAACCACAGGUACAAGACGAAACGCGCGCAACAGGAGAAGGGCAUGCACGUUGAACAUCACGCGKCGGCCGCGGCCAACGCUCUGUCCUCGCCGAGGCGGGUCGCCGUGCCCGUGCUGGUCCGAGACGGCAAGCCGUGCACCAACCAGCAGCCUGGCGCCGGCGGUAAGGCCGAACAGAUGGUGCUGCCGUCGUACUCGCAUCCGCUGAUGCACGGCCAGACGCCCAGAACGUGGUGGUAGUUGAUGUAUAUACCACGACCGCGGUAUACAAUAUUGUGUUGUAGUGUGUGUGGUCAUCAUCGCGACGGCCAGUACUGUCUUCCUAUUUAAUAAUAAUUAUGUGUACUUAUUACAAUAAUAAGUAAUAUCGAUAUAAUAUUAUUGUUGUUAUGUGCG